AUGAUAGUCGGCGGAAUGAUGCAAUUCCUCGCAAAAGCACAAGGAAUGCCUAAACACAUUGAGGCAGCAUUAGUAAAAACCACCAGAAAUUUCAUCUGGAAUGACGCACGAUCCCCCCCUAUGAAUCUAGAACAACUAUACCAACCAAAAGAAACCAGAGGAAUCAACUUGUUAGAUAUCAAAUCAAGAAAUGAAGCUAUCAAAAUGACCUGGGUAAAAUCAUACCUUAAUAUAUCACCAACAAGACCAACCUGGGCCUAUGUAUUAGACCUGUUAAUAAACAACCUGAAAACAAAAGACAUCAACAACGGGAAAAGAGUUGAUAAUACCUUUCUCCAAAACUGGGACCCUCCAACCAGAGGACACAACUCAAGAUCCCUGCCCAACGAAGCCUUAAAAAUAAUAAAAACCACUAAAAAACACAACAUAGUCUUCACCCCGAUCAAAAUGUCCAAAAACAUCAAGAAACAGCUUCCAGCUUGGCACAACAUAGGCGCCCCACAAAACAUGUACCACAAAACUAAAAACAAAUGCCUACAAGAGACACAUAAUGUUCAAAACAUUAAAAACUUGAUAAAAUGUAGGAAAAGACUAACACGCCUUAGAGGAGACCUGCUCCAUGUCUCAAGAAAGACCUGUGCGUGCUCCAACUGCAAACGGGACAGAAAUAAGGGAUGUAAAAACCCUUACUACUGCGCACAAAUAGCAACAAAAUCUUGA